UGCUCUCUGCAUGACACUUGUGAUGCUGUUUUGGGAGGCCCACUGUGUACCAUGUUCUGCAAAAAGGUUUGUGCAGAACCUCAGUGUGAAGCCCAAGGAUAUUAUAACCGAGGGACAGGUAUUAAGCACUUUACAAGGGCAAGCAUUUUUGGAUGUGCUGUUUGAAGCAUGCUAGGAAAUGUGUCCCUCAACAAGAUCUAGUGCUGUUCAGCAAGUGCUGUAAGUGCCGUUGAGGCCCCUGUCCCCAGCAGGGUCAAUGUUAAUUUACUCCUGCCUUCUCCAGCGCCUGUGGCUGCCUUGUUUUGUGGCUGAAUGUGCAAUCCAGCAUUAGUGAAAAAGGCAGCAGAGAGAUGCAGCAGGGAGCGGCCAAGUGUGGGAGGGCUGGGCUUGCCCCAUUCGGCUGCAGCCUGGAUUAGUACAACAUAAACAACAUGAAAUGUUUAUCUCACGUUUUUUUGGACUGCAGAGGGAUCAGCCUAGUGGUACAGCCUUGCUCCUUUGCAAUGUUUUCUUUCCAGUGUCAUUCAGAAGGAUAUUGGUCCGCUUGUAGCCUCCUUUGGCCUUGGAAACCCUUUGUAGCCCUUUGUCCCUGUUGCCCUUGGAAGAAUUGAGGGACAAUGGGGGGAAAGGGCUGAGAGUGAAGGAGCCAGGCCUGGGAUAGCAGGGAGCUGCAAGCCAGGUGUGAGGGAGCUGUGUCGGGUUCCGCGUUCUGUACUCGGUUACAAACCGGGCAGGAAUGCAGCCAGCGAGGGCGUGAGCUCAGUGGAUGGGAGGCGGGAAGAGAGUCGGUCCCUUCCGUCUCCAUCUACCUCUCCGAGCUUGGCCUUAGCCUUCCCCACCCCGCUGAUUAUUCAUUAACUGCAGUCCAGGAAGUGCUUUGCAAAUGGUGAAAAUUAAACCCUCAGCUUGAGGCCUGAGAUUUGCCUGACCUGGAGCUACCUUCUUCGUAGUCGGCCCGGGAGCGGGCGGAGUUCGGGGCUUCGCCUGCGCGGCUCAGGCUCAGGUGAGUCACGGGAGGUGCUGCACCGCAGGCACUGCCAGCUGCUGCUCCAGCACCCGGCGCUCACCGCCAUGAGCAUCCAGCCCUGCCGGGAGGCGCCAGGACACCUCUCCUCUAUCAAGGUCUUUGAUCUCUCUCCCAAAUCCGUCUGGAGAUCCUUUCUUGGUAAUUCCAAUAUUGCUUUUUCUUUAGUAGGACCCCCUUGAUUGAGGGCUGUGGUGCUUCCUCCACCAGCUCCUGUCAGUCCUCCAUCAGUGGGGAUCUGAGAGACAAGACCCUGAUGCCAUCCCGUGGGUGGUUUCACCGUGACCUGAGUGGGCUGGAAGCUGAAGCCUUACUGAAGGGACGCGGUGUCCAUGGCAGCUUCCUGGCCAGACCCAGCCGGAGGAAUCAGGGGGAUUUUUCUCUUUCAGUCCGGGUUGGUGAUCAGGUAACCCACAUCCGCAUCCAGAAUACUGGGGAUUUCUAUGAUCUGUAUGGAGGGGAGAAGUUUGCCACCUUGUCAGAACUGGUGGAAUACUACACACAGCAACAGGGCUCGCUGCAGGACAAAGAUGGCACCAUCAUCGACUUGCGAUACCCGCUCAACUGUUCUGACCCCACGACUGAGAGGUGGUACCAUGGGCAUCUGUCAGGCCCUGCAGCUGAGUCACUGCUCCAGGCCAAAGCUACGCCUUGGACCUUCUUGGUGCGGGAGAGCCUCAGCAAACCUGGGGACUUUGUCUUGUCUGUCCUCACUGACCAGCCUAAACCCGGGUCUGACGCUCCAGCUGGGGCAACCGGAACCUCUGGGACGCGGCUCAAAGUCACACACAUCAAGAUCAUGUGUGAGAAUGGACGCUACACAGUUGGAGGUACUGAGAUGUUUGACAGCUUGGCAGAUCUGGUGGAGCACUUCAAGAAGGUUGGAAUUGAGGAGAUGUCUGGUUCCUUUGUGUACCUGAAGCAGCCCUACUAUGCUACGAGGGUGAAUGCUGCUGACAUUGAGAACAGAGUGCAGGAGCUGAACAAGAAGACAAGUCUGUCUGAGGAGACAUCCAAGGCUGGAUUCUGGGAGGAAUUUGAUAGCCUGCAAAAACAGGAAGCCAAGCACCUGUUUGACCGUCAUGAGGGCCAGAGACCUGAAAAUAAGAGCAAGAACCGAUACAAGAACAUAUUGCCCUUUGAUCACUCCAGAGUCAUCCUCCAGGGAAGGGACCCAAAUAUACCUGGAUCUGACUACAUCAAUGCCAACUAUGUCAAGAACACCCUGAUCAGCCCAGACGAGUGCACCAAGACCUACAUCGCCAGCCAGGGCUGCCUGGACGCCACAGUCAAUGACUUGUGGCAAAUGGUGUGGCAGGAGAACACGCGCAUUAUUGUGAUGACAACACGGGAGGUAGAAAAAGGCCGGAACAAAUGUGUGCCUUACUGGCCAGAGCUGGGCAGCAUGAAGGAGUACGGGCCCUACCUUGUGCAGAACACUGGGGAGCACGAUGCACUGGAGUACAAACUCCGGCACCUCUGCGUGUGCCCCAAGGAUAAUAGCAAGGCUGUGCGUGAGAUCUGGCACUACCAAUACCUGAGCUGGCCUGACCAUGGGGUACCCAGUGAGCCGGGAGGAGUCCUCAGCUUCCUCGAUCAGAUAAACCAGAAGCAGGAGAGCAUCCCCAACGCAGGGCCUAUUCUGGUACACUGCAGUGCUGGGAUUGGCCGCACUGGGACUAUCAUCGUCAUUGAUAUGAUAGUGGAAACAAUCUCCACCAAGGGGUUGGACUGUGACAUUGACAUCCAGAAGACUAUCCAGAUGGUGAGGGCCCAGCGAUCUGGGAUGGUGCAGACAGAGGCCCAGUACAAGUUCAUCUACAUGGCCAUCUGCCAGUUCAUAGAGACAACCAAGAAAAAGCUGGAAGUUAUCCAGUCUCAGAAAGGCAAGCCAAACGAGUGUGAGUACGGGAACAUCGCCUACCCCCCUGCAGUGAGGAAUGCGCACCCCAAGGUUUCACGAAAACCCUCCAAGCAGAAAGAGGAGUCAACAGUCUAUGAGAACUUGGGAAAAAAGGAGGAGAAGGUGCGGAAGCAACGCUCCUCAGAGAAGAAGCUGAAAGGCUCGCUAAAGAAAAAAUAAUCAUCCAUUGCAGCUAGCCCCAUGGGGCUGCAGGACUGGAGCUCACAUCCCAGCUGGCCUGUCUCACAUUCCUUGCUCUUGGACUGGAAUGAAGCCUUCCCCUUCUCUUCCAUGCUGCUUCCCAGCUCAGCUGAGGCCAUGGUCCCUUGCCUGUGCAGGCGAGCAGUCUCUCGCUGCCCCCUCAUCAUCCACUAGCAGGAAAAGGGCACACCCCUCCUCUUCUUGCGCCCUGAGCACCAGGGCCUCACCUCACCUUUGCUGUGCCAGCUUCAGUGACAUUCUCAGGGAAGAGCUAAGGAAGGUCAUCCCAGGAGCUACAUCUCUGCCCACUGCUGUGAGUUAAGAGUUUAGCCUGUUUGUGUUCCCUGAAGCCUCAGCUUUUCAAGUAUGGAGGUUCUGGCCUGUUUCAGCCCAGCUCCUCUGCAAUUCAACAGGAGACUUCCUCUUUCCUUAAUACCAGCCUUCUGCCCCUCUUACCCUUUUGCUAUCUCAUCCCUCACCUGGAUGCUGUAAAUAUACCAGAAUUUGAUGUGAUGGCUAUGUUUUCUCCUUUGUUUGUAAAUAAACUUGUAUUUGUUUGAC